AUGGGAUUUCUGAAGCUAGAGCUUCACCCUGCGAAUUCUGAUCCGUCGCUUCCCUCCGCAGCGUACUUGUUUCUGACAUCAUCUGUUGUAUCCGUCGCCUUUGCGUGCUUUUCCUCUUCCCUACUACUAUCCAUGGCCACCUUGCGCCUAGCUACAUCGCCCGGCGUGCGGGCCGCUACGACGUCGCCGCUGACUUCGCAACUGUGGUCCAGUGCCGCCGCCGUAAAUGCGUCCACCCCAAGCAUAACGAGCACCGCGAGCACGAUUCCCGCCGCGACAGUAGCUGCCGCCGCCAUGGCCGCUGCGACUACUGCCACAACUACGGCAAAGACGAUAAUUCCUCCCCCGCCAUCCGCCCUGGCGCGUGCGAGAACGAAGGCCGUCGAGCCCCAGAACCGCUACUUCAACCCUUCCAACGCAACCCUAUCCAACACCGGCGGCGGCCCCGGCAAGAAGCCAGGCGAUGAGAACAAUGCCAAGUUGGGCAAAACCCUUCGCAUCCUCCAAGACCACCUACCUCGGGUCCUCCAAUCCCCGCUCCCGCAAGAGAUCCUCGCUCCCAACAUCUCGCUCCACCUCUUCCCGACAACGCACCCGCACCUCCCGACCGUCUCCGGCCGCGUCGCCUACACCGCCGCCCUCUGGACCUCGCCCAUCGCCUGGAACCGUCUGCCGUUGGUCGGGAACGUCCGCCUAUCCAUCGUCUCGGAGCGGGUGACGAAGCAGCCCCUCCAUUUUGCGCCGUUACACCCUGGUGCUGUCCCGGAGCAGCUCGUCGUCAGGUGGUGCGCAUCUGGCAAGAAGAAUGGCGGCGGGGCGGCAUCUUCUUCCUCUGGUGCUGCGACGUCGGAAGGGGGGGCCGUGAAGGCGGAAGACGGCGGGGAUAAAGCGUUCACGGGGCUCUUCGUGUUCCAGUUUGAUGCUGAGGGCAAAAUCUUGAGCCAUACGAUCGAAACGGUGCAAGAGGGUGGCGACUGGGAGAAGGGUGUCGGUGCCAAGGUCGUCGGGCUGACGGAUUGGCUGCUUGGCGGGAUGCGGAGGCAGGGAGACAAUCCCAGCCCUGCGUUUGAGGGUCUCGACAAGGGCAAGUAUCGGGCGGAAUGGCGCAACGGAAACGGCGUUUCGGAUGUUUGUGGGAACAUACCAAUUUCAUCAUUAGGCGGGCGGCAUAGCAACCCUCUCCUCUAUUCAUAUGUACAACAGCUGUAUCAUCAAUCUCAAAGAUAA